UCUUUCCUUGUAGUGGAUCAAUAACUGCAUAGGAAGAAAAAAUUACAAAAGGUUCUUCAUCCUCAUGGUGUUUGCUCUUCUCUUGCUUAUUCUGCAGUGGGCUGUUGGGAUGCUUGUGCUGAUACUGUGUUUUGUUGAGAGAAGGAGAUUUUCUGCUGAAAUUGUUUCAAAGCUGGGUAGUAGCUUUUCCUUGGCACCCUUUAUCAUUGUGGUGGCUGUGUGCACUUUAUUAGCCAUGGUUGCUACUCUUCCAGUUGCACAACUUUUCUUCUUCCAUAUUCUUUUAAUAAAAAAGGGAAUCAGCACCUAUGAUUACAUUAUUGCUUUGAGGGAGCAAGAUCAGGAGCAGGAGCAACUUGCUGUUGGUGGGCAGCAAAGUCCGCAAAUGUCCCAAGUGAGCUCUUUUACUGGACUAAGCAGCACCAGUUCUUUCAAUCAAUUCCAUCGCGGUGCAUGGUGUACUCCGCCAAGAUUAUUCCUUGAGGAUCAGGAAGCAAAAAUGAUUUAG